UGACAAAAACAUAUAUUCACGUGUGCGCCGAAUGUCACUCUCGGUGCCGCGGUCAGCUGCGCUCAGCUGCGCCCAGCUGCGUACAGCUACGCCCGGUUGUGGUGAUGAUUAACGGUAUUGCAAAAAGCAUUGCGAAGUGUCGGUUCGCGUUAGUUGCUUGAACAUAAGCGCUGUCGACAGUCGACAUGGAUCGCGUCGUCGCGGUAGAGCCGGCGAUAAGUCGUGCUUGCGUACUUUUCGUCACCGUGAUACUCCUGUGCGCGAACGCCGGUCGUUGUUUACACGAGCAGAGGGACGUGAAAAGCAACGGUGCAGCAGUGCCAGUAGUGCUCUGGCAUGGAAUGGGUGAUAGUUGCUGCUUCUCUUUUAGUCUUGGAAGAAUACGAGAGUUCCUUCAAGAACAAAUCCCUGGAGUUUAUGUCCACUCCAUACGCAUUGGAAACAAUGAGAUAGAGGAUGUUGAGAACGGCUACUUUGGAAAUAUUAAUGAGCAAAUAAAAUACGUGUGUGAGCUACUGGCGCGAGAUCCAAAUCUCCAAAAUGGAUACAAUGCCAUUGGCUUCUCUCAAGGAGCUCAAUUUCUGAGAGCGGUAGCUCAAAGAUGCCCCAAUCCACCAAUGCUGAAUUUGAUAUCUUUAGGCGGUCAGCAUCAAGGUGUUUUCGGCAUACCAAAGUGCUCAGACACGUCUCGACUAUGCAAUUACAUGCGUCGCAUGCUUCAUUUUGGAGCAUAUUUGUGGUAUAUUCAAAACUCGCUGAUACAAGCUUCUUAUUGGCACGAUCCAUUGCAAGAGGAUGAAUAUCGAAAGAAAAAUCUUUUCAUUGCUGAGAUCAAUAAUGAAAUUAUUAACAACACAGAAUAUAAGAACAAUCUUCAGAAGUUACAAGCUUUAGUUCUUGUUAAAUUUGAGAAUGAUUCAAUGGUUGAACCAGUGGAGACAGAAUGGUUUGGAUUCUACAAGCCUGGCCAAGCGAAAGAGGUGCAAAAGCUGCAGGAAAGCGAGCUGUAUAAACAGGACUGGCUCGGAUUACGCGCAAUGGAAAGAGCCGGCAAGGUCAAUUAUCUUUCACUUCCUGGUGACCACUUACAGUUUACAGCCGACUGGUUUAUUGAUAAUAUAAUUAAAAAAUAUUUGAUAUAAUUUCAAAAAAUUUAUUUAUGACAAUUUAAGGAUUUAAUGUAUUAGAACUUAGAUGAUAAAUAUAUGAUAUUUACGUACAUAGAGUGUAAAAAAUAUUAAUAAAAAAAGAUUAUUCUCUACA